CUUGACUACGACGAAUCUGCCUUCCCCAGUCCGACCGCGAGGCCGUGGGUGGGAGCCCCGGCCGCGAAGCUAGCCACCACCUCCCCCGCCCGUUCGGCAGUCCGUCCGUCUCCUUCCUUGACCCUUCCGCCCCGCCCGGGCACCCCAGCUAUAAAUAGCGCCCCCGCCGCCGCCUCCUCCCCACACACAAUCCCCACACCGAGGAAGCAGGAAGCCACGAGCAGCAUAUGUCACAGAGGGCCAGCGUCCCACACUCCUCCAGAAUAGCCUUCGCGCUCCAUUCCCAUCUCCUGGUCUCCAGUGAGAUGUGCCCCAGCUCCUAUUGGCAGUAGUAGCUAGCUAAUCUCGCGUUUUUCUUCUUCUUUUCGUUUCGGGUGGGUUUGCUCCCCUGAGCUUUCUUGAGCUUCCGUUUUUAGUUUUCGGCUUUCCUUGGUCUCGAAUCCAUCCCUCUCCGAUAAGGAGGCUGCUAAGGGGAAGAAGGAAGGAACCAACCGCGGCGAGGAGCAAGAAAUCAAGCAAUGGGGGUCAAGGGAUUCGUCGAGGGCGGCAUCGCGUCCAUCGUGGCCGGCUGCUCCACCCACCCGCUCGACCUCAUCAAGGUCCGCAUGCAGCUGCAGGGAGAGGCGGCCGCCGCGGUGCCGCCGCAGCCGGCGCUGCGCCCGGCGCUCGCGUUCCACGCGGGCGGCCACACCGUCGCACUCCCGCACCACCACGACAUCCCGGCGCCGCCGAGGAAGCCCGGGCCCGUCGCCGUCGGCGCGCAGAUCCUGCGCUCCGAGGGCGCCGCGGCGCUCUUCUCCGGGGUCUCCGCCACCAUGCUGCGCCAGACGCUCUACUCCACCACGCGGAUGGGGCUCUACGACAUCCUCAAGACAAAGUGGACCCAGGAGAACGGCGGCGUGCUGCCGCUCCACCGCAAGAUCGCGGCGGGGCUGGUCGCGGGCGGAGUCGGGGCCGCCGUCGGCAACCCGGCCGACGUGGCCAUGGUGCGGAUGCAGGCGGACGGGCGGCUGCCCCUCGCCGAGCGCCGGAACUACCGCAGCGUCGGGGACGCCAUCGGCCGGAUGGCGCGCGACGAGGGCGUCCGCAGCCUGUGGCGCGGGUCGUCCCUCACGGUGAACCGCGCCAUGAUCGUCACGGCGUCGCAGCUGGCCACAUACGACCAGGCCAAGGAGGCCAUCCUGGCGCGCCGGGGCCCCGGCGCCGACGGCCUCGCCACGCACGUCGCCGCCAGCUUCACCGCGGGCAUCGUGGCCGCCGCGGCGUCCAACCCCGUCGACGUCGUCAAGACGCGGAUGAUGAACAUGAAGGUGGCGCCCGGCGCGCCCCCGCCGUACGCCGGCGCCGUCGACUGCGCGCUCAAGACCGUGCGGUCCGAGGGGCCCAUGGCGCUCUACAAGGGGUUCAUCCCCACCGUGAUGCGCCAGGGGCCCUUCACCGUCGUGCUCUUCGUCACGCUCGAGCAGGUGCGCAAGGUCUUCAAGGGCGUCGAGUUCUGAGACCCGCCAGCCACCGCGACGACGACGACGAAGAUGAUGACGACAGCCACCACCACCGUGUUACCACCGCGUCCGCUGCUACGAAUAAUCGCUGCUACCCUCUAGAAGUCGGAGACUAUUUACGCCUCGGCUUGCAUUGCAUCCCGUGUCAGCCUUUGCGUUAAUCCCUUCCUGCAUUCUAUUGUCCGUGGAUGGAUUUGAGUAUUUGACCAAAUGUUCAAUGGAAAUUUCAAAUUUUUAUUAAA